AUGACUAGGGAUGGGCAAAGUAUUCCAAGCCACGACAAACCACGAUUCGAGUCAUGGAAUUUGGUGACUCCCACUGCUGCUUUGAGAAUCUUCCAAGCGCUGUUUUCGGUAUGUACACUUGCAUUGCUUAUGAGCGUAGGAUCCCACUUCUCGCCAACUUAUGCAGCCCUUGCGACUGCUACAGCCGCUUCAGUCAUUAGCCCAGCUUUGGUUCUGAUCUUCGCUUUCAACCUGCACUCUAUCACAACGAACAUAGACUGGAUCCUCUGGGAAUCCAUCUAUGCAGGCUCUUUCGGGUUCCUCUUUGCGGUGAAUAGCAUAACAAUGACAUAUAGCAGUAUGCGAUGGGAGUACACAGCUUGGUAUUUGGGAGCGGUGACCUGCUUUCUCGUCGCCAUCGCUUUCUUGGUUGACUUGGCGAUGUUGGUGCGAUUGCAAGUGAAAAAUCCGUGCGCUCGUCAUAGUCAAGACUCAGCACGAAUACAUCUGCCGAAAGCAGAGAUAGCCUUUUGA